AGCUGUGUGUUUGGUGGACAUUAAAGAAAAAGAAAAAGAAACACAUCUCGGGCACAUAUCUGUUAUGGGCUAAAAUAGACUAUCGCCACCAUCAUGGGGAAAACCCAGACCUGCAUUUUGUGUGACAUCGUCUACAACUCCAGACAGGAGAUGAAUGAGCAUAUGAGAAGUAUGCUGCAUCAUCGGGAGCUGGAGAACCUUAAAGGCCGGGACUGUGGGCACGAGUGCCGGGCAUGUGGGGUCACUGUGGUAAGCCUGACAGAGUAUGCAGAUCACAUCUCCAGCUCCAUGCACAAGCAGCGUGUGGAAGCCCAUGACCACCAGAUAUCUAAAGCAGACCAGAAUGAGGACUACUUUGAUAAAGAGAUGGUGGAGCUCAUUGAAAAACGAAAAGAGUUCAUCAGACAAGAGGAAGCUGCUUUGAGGAGGGCCAAAGAGGAACAAGAGGCCAUGAGAAAGUGGCAAGAGAUUAAGGAACAGUGGCACAAACACAAACAGUGGCACCACCAGCAAAGUGGCUCUUGGGGCCCGAGAUUCUCCAACUUUCCCUUGUCCUCAAGAAGCGGGUUAAAUACCAACUUGCAAGAACCACGUAGGGGGCCCGAGCAUAAUCGUGACAACUGGAACAGAUGGCAGAUUAGGAGCGCCACUUGGCAUGCUGAAGGGCCCCCUGACUUGCAGAGAUGGGAAUCCUUAGAUGGACGAGGCGGUAGCUUACACAGUAGGGGAAACUACUGGAGAGGAAGACAGGGCACCUAUGCAGGUUGCUCUCAACAGCAGAGAAACCAGUCAUCCUGGUCCAACAAAGAAGGCAACAGAGGGAACUUUGAGAGACCAAAUGACUUGCACUGGCAGCAGUCCAAAGUGAAUCAUUGCACUGCAUCAUCUAGGCCACAUCACCACCAGAAACCACAUCACAGUACUGAGAGCCAGAAAAAGUGCCACCAAAGACAGGAAGGUUGUGGAGAAAACGAUCCUGGAAAGGGCAAGGGUAAGUCUGACAAGAACCACCGUUGGGCACCGUAUCCUCCAGCUUUGCUUGGAGAUUCCUUAUCUCAAAGUGAUAUCGAGCCUGCUUCAGAUAAGGUGAAUUUUGACUCUCCUGAGCACAGUAACAAAAAAAGUUUGAAUGCAAGCACCAAAAGCUUGGAGGGACGGUCACAAACGGAUCUUGGGAGCAGCCAUCUUGAAUGCUCUAAACCCCAGCAAGAAUAUGAGAAAGAGUACAGAAAGCAAAGCACAUGUCCCGAUAAGAAAAAUGAAAGCAGUGGGAAAACACAGAGACUGAGUCACCAAUCUGCACCCUCUUCUUCCUUGCCUUUACAUACUCAGAGACUUGAGAGACCCCCCAAGCAUUCGGAAAAAAGGGUCACUGCUAACACUGGUUCAGUGACUAAUCUCAAACGAACAUCAAGUCAAGACUCAGUUAACUCUAAAGCUUCAAAGCAUUCUCAUUCAGGUUCCCAGUCCCCUCUAGAUGUUUCCAUUGGCCAAGAGCAGGAACAUCUGCUUUCUGAAAUGCUGCGCAAAGCAAAGGAGAACCUUUUGAAUAAACAAACAUCAGUAGAAACGUCUGCCACAGAGGAUUACCUCAAAGAUGCUGAGCUGCAUAUCCAAGAAAACGAGUUGAUGGAAGGUUCAAAGCUGAGCAGUGAAAAAGGACACUGUACAAGUAAGCGGAAAUCAGAUGAGCACCAUGGAAGAAGGAAAGAAGAGGAGCACAAUGGAAGAAGGAAAGAAUGGCAGUCCCUCAGAACCGUGAUUGCUGUGCAGGGUGGAUGCUCAACAAAAGACAUCAAUGUGCUGUCUCUGCAAUCGCUGCAGGUCAGCACCUCCACCAUGGACCGGGAAGAUGAGGAGGAAUGUGCAGAAAGGGAAGAAGAUCUUGUCCGAGAUCAGGGAAUACAAGCUAUGGAUGUAGGCAUAAUCUCUGACAGCGAGGGCAGCCGCACCAGCCACUCUCUUACCACGACUGGAUGCUCUGUGCCUUCUCUGAAAAAGCUUGCCCUGCCUGCCAGUCUCAAGCGGGACCUGAACCGGCACAUCGGCAGCAAAGGCAAAGGAGUUGCCCAUGAGCCCAACCUGAACAUUGCACGGCGUUUCAGGAAUGUAAGUGGCGCACGUGAGAGUGAGAAGGACAAUGGCCUGAAGCCCACUCUGCGGCAGCUAAUAAGCUCUUCUGCCUCCAGAAGAAAUGUCAACUGGGACCAGGUAUAUCAGGAGGUCCAUCGCAAGAAACAGCAGCAGGGCAAGGGUUUGCCAAGGUUUGGAAUAGAGAUGGUACCAAAUGAACCUGAGGGUGCAACCCACAUGGAAGAUGAUGAUGGUCCUCUUUGUGAGGGCUUCCAAUGGGACUCUAUAGCUGACUUUAGCCCAGUAUCUGUACUUCCACGUAAACGCAGCAUGUCAGAAAGUAGUGUGGUCACCCAUGGCACCACAACAUCCUGUUCACUCCUCAGAGCUGCAGAACCAACUUCUGUCAUGAAGUUACAAGAUAGUGCCAAGCCAGGGCUUCAGGCUGUUCAUUCACCUAUGGAGGAGGAUUGUGAUGAUCAAAGGGAUAGUGAGGGCAUAGCCCAGGCCAAAGAGCACACGAAGGAAAUGGAGGUACAAAAGGCUGACCAGGACAUAGAGCCUGUGGAUGGGGAGAGUAGUUGCAUGUCAAGCGCUGAGCUGAAUGGAAGGAAGAAACGCAGAGCAGUCGGGGAUGUGGCAUCCCCUGAAAUUCCUAAUUCAGAGAGGAAAAACAAGAGGUUGAAAAUCAAACCUAAGAAAGAACACUCUCAGUUGGACGAGUUGUUGGCGGUUUCUUUGCGAGAGGAAGAACUGAGUAGCUCUCUACAGGCAGUGGAUAACAAUUUGAUCCAGGCUCGAUCAGCCCUUCAAUCUGCCUAUAUGGAAGUGCAGCGUCUGCUAAUGGUCAAACAGCAGGUAACCACAGAGAUGAGUUCCUUGAGGACCAAGCGUAUAGAAAUUCUGCAAGAGUUACAAGGAGUUUCUGAUUCUCCACCAAUUACAAGAAACUGUGAUGAGAACCUGACCACUGCACCAAUUCUGCCAUUGUACUCUCUGGCCUUGCCUGAUCAUACUGUUAAGCCCAGUAAUCCAGCUACUACGUCUUCCAUCCUCUCACCAUCACCUGCCUCUAGCCCACCUGUUUUUAUUAUCAAACGGGAGCGUCUGUCACCCGUGAAUGUCAGCCCAACACAAGAGCCUACAGACGACCCACUUUCUGGCCCUCACAGUACCACACCAGAGCAAUCAGCAGCUGCUGCUGCCACUGAGAUUGGUGUGGAACCUGUCAGUUUAGAUGCCACUUUAAAGUGUGACCUUAAUGUAAAACUGUGUCCGAAGAAUAUAGAAUGUGCACAGGAUCACAAGUUAUGGCUGUCUCCUGCACAUCAAGCUCAUCUCGCCUCUCAGGACCAUACGCUAGACCUAACGUCAUACCCGAACUCUGGAAGCCCCUCACUUAACCCAGUCUCUCCAAAGGGCUCUCACACAACACAACAGGGACACAACAGUCCAGAAGCUAAGGCUGGGAAACGUGUAAGAAAGCUGAAGAAGAAGAGGGUCCUGAGGAACGCACAGGGAAGCACGCAGCCUGACAUCAGUGACUCGGAGCCAGAUGCCAGGCAACCCUCCCGGCCUGUUCGCAAACUGCGACCACGCCGGCGCACCAGUGACUCCUGCUCCUCCCCCCCUGCUACUGCUGAAGUAAAAGAGGAGAGCAUGGAGCUAACAGGUGCACCAGAUCUUCCAGAGACAAAGGGACCAACACUGGCUCCUGCUGGGAAGGAGACUCGGGGCUCUGACUCCUCAGAACUGGAGAUGGUGGAGCUCCCUCAAUCUGUACCUACAGAAGUGGUUAAUUUGGACUCCUCUGACCCAAAUGAGGAAGAAACAAAGCCUCCUGAAGUCUCCAAGGAGUCUGCUACUGAGAUGACACAAACCCAGAAGCUUGCAUGCAAUGAGGUCACCUCCACCAGUGAGAUUGACACCAGCAGUGUAGUCACAAGCUGUAAAAGUGCAAAGAAUUUGACUCUGGCAGUUAUGAAGGAGUCCAAAGCAUCUUCCAAUGCAUCAUCAGAUGCUGGUGAAGAGGAGAUGCCAACUGAGGGCUCAUUUGAAGGUCAUCAGGAGGCAGUGAAUGGAAUGCAGAUCCAUAACGACCUGCUGUUCACCUGCUCAGGAGACCGAACCGUACGAGCCUUCAACCUGAUGAGCCGUAAGUGUGUGGCAGUGUUUGAUGGGCACAGCAGUAAGGUGAACUGCUUGGUGGUGUCAUCUGGACCUGGCUUGCCACAGCGACUCUACUCCGGAUCUAGUGACCAAACUAUCCGCUGCUAUAACAUCAAGACCCGAGCGUGUGUGCAGCAGCUCAGCCUCUCUGACCGUGUGCUUUGCCUCCAUCAUCGUUGGAAAGUGCUCUAUGCAGGGCUGGCCAAUGGCUCAGUGGUCACCUUCAGCCUUAAGAACAAUAAGCAGUUAGAUGUGUUUGAGUGCCACGGGCCACGGGCGGUCAGUUGCUUGGCUACAGUGCAGGAGGGAGCACGGCGAGUGUUACUUGUUGGUUCUUAUGACACCACCAUCAGUGUAAGAGAUGCCAAGAGUGGCUUGCUGCUGCGUACCUUAGAAGGGCACACUAAAACAGUCCUCUGCAUGAAGGUGGUGAAUGAUCUAGUCUUCAGUGGAUCCAGUGACCAGUGUGUCCAUGCACACAAUAUACAUACGGGGGAGCUUGUGAGGAUCUAUAAGGGCCAUAGUCAUGCCGUCACUGUGGUGACUAUACUGGGGAAAGUAAUGGUCACAGCAUGCCUUGACAAGCUGGUCCGUGUGUAUGAGCUACAGUCUCACGACAGGUUACAGGUGUACGGAGGACAUUCAGACAUGGUGAUGUGUAUGGUCAUCCACAAGAGCAUGAUCUAUACAGGUUGUUAUAAUGGGAGUGUACAGGCUGUCCGGCUGAACCUGAUCCAGAAUUAUCGCUGCUGGUGGCACGGAUGCUCGCUGAUCUUUGGUGUAAUGGAGCACCUGCAGCAGCACCUGUUGAAUGACCACACCAAUCACACACAGCAGACGCUCAAGUGCCGCUGGAGGAAUUGUGACUCCUUUUUUAAUUCCCGCAACGGCUUCAAACAGGCCAUGCAAGCUCACAUGCAGAAACAUGCAGAGGAGGACAGUAAAUUGGAGUCUUAAGGGGUCCUGGAAAGGUCACCCUAGAUAAUCCAAAUAACCUCCUCUUCUCCCAUAUUGGGAAGAUCUCAUCUAAACCUCAGGAUAGGAGCUCUUUCCUUGCAAUCAUUUUUCUAUGUGUAAUCAGAUGCCAACAGCUAUCAUCUUAGAAGGAGAGGACAACCUACUGUCAGUUCUAGAUACUGGUGAUUUGUAGGUUUUUUUCUUUUUUUUUUUGUGAAAUAGAAAGUACAGCGUGUAUAGAAACUACAGACAGUGUCAUCUCUGUUAGCAUAUUUUGAAAGAGCAAUGCACAGACUUUUAUCGCUGUCACUUUACUGCUUAGUGGAUGUGUUGGAGGCUUUUGGCAUCCAAAGGUUCUUCACUUUUACUUUCUUUUUUUUUUAGAUUUUGCAAGUCCUUCUCUUUCAGUGGAGCUGCUGGUAUUCUGACUGUGCCAGUUGAACCAUUUUCUUGUUCCUCUUAUCCAUGUUCUCUGUAAUCUUAUCUCUUUAUGUGAAGAUAGACAGACCUUUCUGUUAGCACACCACAUGAUCAUUCUGUCAUCUUCAAGGAAAAGAUAACAGAUGUACAGAUAAUGGAUAACAGAUCUCUCUUCCUGCUCUUUACUCACCUGAUUAUACACAGUAUUAUCAGCUCUGGGAUAUAAUGACCAAAUAAAGACUAAGAAUUAAAAAAGAACUGUGGGGGGAAACAACCCUGUACAAAUUGUUGGACAGGCCAGAAGAGUUGUUGCUGCUGCCCCCUCCUGCCUAAAAACACAUUUAGUUCAUUACUUUGUAUGGCAUGGGUUUAGGGACGUUUGUCAUUUGGAGUGUUUUGAGGUUUAGAAAUAUGGUACUCCUGUCUUCUUGAGCAACCAAGAUUUUUGUUCGUUUUUAAACUAGAAGUGUUUUCUGAAGACCCCCAUUUCUUAUAAUUCACUCACAGCUCAGAUAAGGACAUUGUUUCUCAGCUAUUCCUACACCAAAACAAGGUGGGACAGUCAAGAUUUAGUGAAAUAUGUUUUUCAUAACUUAAUUCAAAAUUUUAAACAGUUUUUAAAGAUUUCUGAAGAGGGUGGUCAGGUUUUUUUUCUUCUUUUUUUCUUCAAAUCUUAUCUUCCAAGUGGUUUUACCUUUUCCAUCAUUAUUUUGAAAGAUGGCUUCAUAUAGGCCUAUAUUAUGUUUGUGAGGUGGUUUUCCUUUCUGAUUUUUUUUUCCUUUUCUCUUCACGUGGUUGCUCGCUGAGGUUAAGUCGCAGUGGAGGGACUGCUUGUUUUCUGUAACUGAAAGAUUGCUGUUCAAGGAAAUGGAUUUGAUGUGAUUGACAGGUCCUGAAAUAUGACAGUCGGUGUGUGUAGCCCUCUGUGAGCAGAAUGUGUGGGAGUGUGCUUAUGCCCAAGUAAUACAGUGCAGUAUUGCUGGUUUAACUUGGAUUUUUUUGCACAAUGGUUCUCACGUAGUCGAGAGAUUUCUAUAUGGGCUCUGCCCUUUUGUGGUUUCAGAAACUUUAUACAGACAUUUAUAUGGAUGUGGGUGGAGGUGCAUGCAGCUUAGCUGUACAGCCCACUUUUGACUGAAGGGGUGUGUGUGUGUUUGUGUCUCUGUAUUGCAAGUUGUUAAAGUGGUUGAAGUGAUAAGUGAUUUAUGAAGUGGGGAGCAUAGUACCAGAACCCCUCUCCCAUGCCAUAGCACUCAGCCGCCAUGUAGGCAGCACGCAGAACCACAACCAAUAAUAAACUGCAGCUAGUUGUCUUCAUUUCAGUAACAUAACUUUAAACAUUUUAAACUCAGGACGGUGUUAUUUUUUAAAGUAUGUGCCACAGUAAGCUACAUUUUAACUAUUCUACCCCACUCACUGAAGAGAUUUGAUGUUACUCUAAAAUGUGGAGAUUUAUGUUGUUGCUGGCAUUCAGCCGCAGGUUUUUCUCAUCCUUGAUCCCAUUGACAGUACAUCUUUCUCUCUAUCAGUGGUGUGUAGCAUUUGGGGCAGUUUGUCAACCUCUUAUCUGGUCUUCCCAAAGUUGGUCUGUUGGUUUUGUUUGUUCAUUUCCACUGAAUACCUUGUUAUAAUAAAAAAUACAUUUACAGUUUUGUCAA